UGCUGCUGCGGAGGAUGCUGGGCCCGGGUUGGCAGUGCCAUUCGGUGGCUCCUCGCAUACAGUCCGCAAAGCGCGCAUACCGUAAGCGGGCAUCAAAGGCAUCCUUCGAAACGGCAGUCAGCGAAAUCGCGCGACGAUAGCGAAACGGUGACGGUGACGCUGACGGAGACGGAGACGGAAACGGAGACGGACACUGCUGUGUCCUGUGUGGCUUGGACCGCGUUGAAUGGACCCAUGCUCUGACCACCUGACCCAGACCCCAGACCACGACUACGACCACGACUACGACCACGACGACAAGCCCUCAGACAUUGCAGACGACACAACGUCGGAAAGCGUCGGACAGCAUCGUCGGACUGACCAACUGACCAAGUGAGCCACUGCACUAGACGCCAGCCCCACCAGCCAUGCGAGCCAGCAAUGCGCAGCAGCCAUCACAAUAACUCCUUGGGGACGCUGAAGGAACGGGGAAAAAGAGAAUUAAAAGGCGAAGGAGACGGAGAAGGAAAAGGAAAAGAACAGCUGCAGCGGAAAAACGAAAACUAACUGUUUUCGAACCCACUCUAAUCCAUCCAUCAGCGAAUGCAAAAAGACAAACGCCAAUACAAGUAAUCAACGUAAUUGAUAAGGCCACUCUAAGGGGAAUAGUAGCAUACCAAAUGAAUUAGAGAGAGAUCCGGAGGAGAGGCGCACGAGUUCCAGUCGACAGUCCACGGACGGAGAGGAAGGUCCUAGGUCCUCCUCGAAUGGUUGAACGAAUGGCGCCCGCGGUGGCGCAUGCAGGUCAGAGCCGCGUCAAGCUGAAAUCAAAGUCGCCUGCCGAAUCCAGCGGGAGAUGGACUCCCCCGAGUCAGAGUCCGUGCCAGAUGGAUCAGCGAAUUACCAGCAAAAACAUCAGCAACACUGCCAGCAACAGCAACAUAAACAGCAACAGCAACAGCAACAGCAAUAGCAAUAGCAAGCACAAUAGCAAUAGACGAACCCCUCCAUGGAACAGCCUGCACCUACACCAGCUCCUGCUCCUGGUCGUCCUGGCCUGCAGCUGCUCCUUGCCGCCUUCGGCGCAGGCAUUACGUCUCACGAAUGGCGGCAGCAGCCUCAGCAAGAGUGCGGCCGCCAACAAGGAGCAGCUUAACAUCGGCCUCAUCGCCCCCCACACAAACUUCGGGAAGCGAGAGUACCUGAGGAGCAUCAACAACGCCGUCACGGGGCUGACCAAGACGCGCGGCGCGAAGCUAACCUUCCUCAAAGACUACUCCUUCGAGCAGAAGAACAUCCACUUCGACAUGAUGUCCCUGACGCCCAGUCCGACAGCUAUUCUGAGCACCCUGUGCAAGGAAUUCCUUCGGGUGAACGUCUCAGCCAUCCUGUACAUGAUGAACAACGAGCAGUUCGGCCACAGCACCGCCUCGGCCCAGUACUUUCUGCAGCUGGCUGGAUAUCUGGGGAUACCGGUGAUCUCAUGGAACGCGGAUAAUUCGGGCCUGGAGCGCCGGGCCUCGCAGUCGACACUGCAGCUGCAGCUGGCACCGAGCAUCGAGCACCAGAGCGCAGCCAUGCUGAGCAUCCUGGAGCGCUACAAGUGGCAUCAGUUCUCAGUGGUCACCUCACAAAUAGCCGGCCACGAUGACUUUGUACAGGCGGUGCGCGAGCGUGUGGCCGAGAUGCAGGACCACUUCAAAUUCACGAUCCUCAAUUCGAUUGUGGUCACGCGGACCAGUGAUCUCAUGGAGCUGGUCAACAGCGAGGCACGCGUAAUGCUCCUCUAUGCCACACAGACGGAGGCCAUCACCAUCCUGCGUGCCGCCGAGGAGAUGAAGCUCACCGGCGAGAAUUACGUGUGGGUUGUUAGCCAGUCAGUGAUCGAAAAGAAGGAUGCCCACUCCCAGUUUCCGGUUGGCAUGCUGGGCGUUCACUUUGACACCUCCAGUGCGGCCCUAAUGAACGAGAUCUCCAAUGCCAUCAAGAUCUAUAGCUAUGGGGUCGAGGCCUAUCUCACGGAUCCGGCCAAUCGGGAUCGUCGCCUCACCACACAGUCCCUGUCCUGUGAGGACGAGGGACGCGGCCGCUGGGAUAAUGGCGAAAUCUUCUUUAAGUACUUGCGCAACGUCUCCAUUGAGGGGGAUCUGAAUAAGCCGAACAUUGAGUUCACGGCGGAUGGGGACUUGAAGUCUGCCGAGCUGAAGAUCAUGAAUCUGCGGCCCAGUGCCAAUAAUAAGAAUCUCGUUUGGGAGGAGAUUGGAGUGUGGAAGUCGUGGGAGACACAGAAGCUGGACAUACGCGACAUCGCGUGGCCAGGUAACUCGCACGCACCGCCCCAAGGCGUGCCCGAGAAGUUCCAUUUAAAGAUAACAUUCCUCGAAGAGGCACCCUAUAUCAAUCUGUCGCCCGCGGAUCCAGUGAGUGGCAAGUGCCUGAUGGACCGCGGUGUGCUCUGCCGUGUGGCGGCAGACCACGAGAUGGCCGCCGAUAUCGACGUGGGCCAGGCACACCGCAACGAGUCCUUUUACCAAUGCUGCAGCGGCUUCUGCAUCGAUCUGCUCGAGAAAUUUGCGGAAGAGCUGGGCUUCACCUACGAGCUGGUGCGGGUCGAAGAUGGUAAAUGGGGUACACUUGAGAAUGGAAAAUGGAACGGGCUGAUCGCCGAUCUGGUCAACCGCAAGACGGACAUGGUCCUCACCUCGCUCAUGAUCAACACGGAACGUGAGGCGGUUGUUGACUUCAGUGAGCCGUUCAUGGAGACGGGCAUCGCCAUUGUGGUGGCCAAGCGGACGGGCAUUAUAUCGCCCACGGCCUUCCUUGAGCCCUUCGAUACGGCCUCGUGGAUGCUGGUGGGUAUCGUGGCCAUCCAGGCAGCCACCUUCAUGAUCUUCCUGUUCGAGUGGCUCUCGCCCAGCGGCUACGACAUGAAGCUCUAUCUGCAGAACACCAACGUAACCCCUUACCGCUUCUCCCUGUUCCGCACAUACUGGCUCGUCUGGGCCGUACUCUUCCAAGCGGCUGUCCAUGUGGACUCACCGCGCGGCUUCACCUCUCGCUUCAUGACCAACGUGUGGGCCCUUUUCGCUGUGGUCUUUCUUGCCAUAUACACUGCCAACCUUGCAGCCUUCAUGAUAACCAGGGAAGAGUUCCACGAGUUUAGCGGCCUCAACGACAGCCGCCUGGUGCAUCCGACCUCGCACAAGCCCUCGUUCAAGUUCGGCACGAUACCCUACAGCCACACGGACUCGACCAUCCACAAGUAUUUUGGGAAUAUGCAUCUCUACAUGAAGAACUAUAAUAAAACGAGCGUGGCCGAUGGCGUGGCUGCCGUGCUCAAUGGCAACCUGGACUCUUUCAUCUAUGAUGGGACGGUGCUCGACUAUCUGGUGGCCCAGGACGAGGACUGCCGCCUGAUGACCGUCGGCAGCUGGUAUGCCAUGACGGGGUACGGCCUGGCAUUUAGCCGCAACUCCAAGUACGUGCAGAUGUUUAACAAGCGACUGCUCGAGUUCCGGGCAAACGGGGACCUGGAGCGGCUGAGACGCUACUGGAUGACGGGCACGUGUAGACCGGGCAAGCAGGAGCAUAAGUCCUCGGAUCCGCUGGCCCUGGAGCAGUUCUUGUCCGCUUUCCUGCUUCUGAUGGCCGGCAUUCUGCUGGCCGCGCUGCUCCUGCUGCUCGAGCAUGUCUACUUCAAGUACAUACGAACGCGGCUAGCCAAGAAGGAUGGGGGCCACUGCUGUGCCCUCAUCUCGCUCUCCAUGGGCAAGUCGCUGACCUUUCGCGGCGCCGUCUUCGAGGCCACCGAGAUCCUCAAAAAGCAUCGCUGCAAUGAUCCCAUCUGCGACACGCACUUGUGGAAGGUCAAGCACGAGCUGGACAUGUCACGGCUGCGAGUGCGCCAGCUGGAGAAGGUUAUGGACAAGCACGGCAUCAAGGCGCCGCAGCUGAGGCUGGCUUCGUCAUCGGAUCUGCUGAACCAUCAUCAUCUGAAGGAGCGACCGCCGCUGCUGGGAAACCUUAGUUUGGCUGCCAGCGCCCAAGAUCUAUACAGGUGGUCGUACAAGACGGAGAUCGCCGAGAUGGAGACGGUGCUCUGAAGCGUUCCAGCCAGUGGAGAGGCGGACAGAUCGCAGCUGGAAUUAAGGCUGCACUGGGGGACUGCAGCUAGACCUGUUUCCAGAGUGCGUUUUCCAAUGCGUUCCAAUAAGCACGCACACAAACACACCAUACGUAGCCACAAGUUUUUUUACAGUUACUCGAGAACAUUCGCCUCACAGCGCCCCCGGCCAACCGGCGCUUGGAGGGCGGGUGCCCCUGCCUAAUCAAAAUCAAUGUUUCAAAUAAUAUGUAAACUGAAAGCUUUUUAAAAGUUAAAGAAUAUCGGAGGAAUAACCAAAUAAAAUGAGCACGAGAAAGAGAAAGAGAAAGAAAUUGAACGAAAAAGAAAAAGAAAACCCGAAGCGCCUCACACAAGCCAAAGUUGCACAAAAUAAAAGCCAAGCCAAAAAUUCAAAGAUUGUAAAAAGUAAAGCCAAAAACUAACUAAACAUUAAACUAACAGUUAAAGCAGCAGCACUUCAUACAAAUAAGUUUUAAUAAAGAGAGAGCGGCGCUCCAGGAAAGAGAACAAGAAGAGAAGAAAAUAGAAAGCGCAGAGAACAGAAAAGAAGAGAAACGAAACGAAGAGAAACGAAGAAAGGGCGAAGUCAGCCGUUACUUUUUGGGCGAUUGAACUUGUGAAAUGUUAACAAUGAGAGAAAGAGAGCAGGCAGAGAGUAGAGAGAGCAAUGAGCGAGAGUCAGAUGUGACCUACACGUGAAGAAAUUUUCUAUGUAAUUCGUUUAAUUGUUUGUGAUUGUUGUUUUCGGUUGUUGGUUUUAUUAAUUUUUUUUUUUUAUAAUUAAUAUUUAUACUCAACUAGGCGUAUAGCUAAUUAUGUCUAUAUAUAUACAUAUGUAUGUAGGUAUGCAUACAGAAGAGAUGGGCGGUACAGCCCCAGGUGCAGCCCCAGCAUAAUACUAUAUACACCUCAAAAUAUUUAUAUGUAUAUUUACCUUGCUAUUAUUACGACGAUAUAAAUGUUAUUGCAUGUACACGUACAUAGACAUAUACAUAUACAUAUAUACAUAUGCAUUUGCAUAUACACAGGAAGAAAUCCAACCAAUAUACCAUAAAAACAUACAUAUGUAUAGUUAAAUAUAUACAUACAUACAUAUAUAUUUUUACUGAUUUUGCUUAGGUGCCGCUGCCACAAAGAGAAGGAGAAUACAAAUAAAAUAAAAUGUAAAAGAGGUUCGAGUCUCACUAGGAGAUAAUAACGAAUCACGAAACACGGACUAGGCGCUUCCCCUUAAGUUGCUUGCCCUUCCGCUUCGCUAGAACUUUCAUUUCGCUUGCUCGUCUAAGAGGACCCCGCCCCCUGUCUAACCCCCUUGUACCGCGCUUAAAGCUAAACUAAAUGCGAAAUUCUGCUUUAUAAUUCAACUCUUGUGUGUGGUGUGUGGUCGAAAGUUAAUGCCACCACCCAGGUGUGAUUAUGUCUGUAUACAGGGUGAGGCAUUCAUGUUGUGUUGUGAGUGCUCUUUGGAAAAAAAGUACUCGUACGUAUGUAAGUAUGUAUGUACAUAUGACGUAUAUUAAACAGAAUGUAAGGCAGUCCCAGAGCGGUAGUGGCUUGCAUUCCGACAUAUACAUACAUACAUAUGUACAUAUAGUAUCUUGUUCCAGGCCGCUCACUGACACGUUUUCGAGCACACACACUCUCUUACUCAUGCACACACGCAAACACACACCCACUCCCCCACCCCCCACCCACCCAUCACACACACACACACUUGAAUAAGAAAGAGAUGCAAAAUAUUUAUAAAUUAUUCUUGUGGAUGGACUAAACGUGCUUAAAUCCAAACUAAAGUAAAAACUCGAAAAUCGAAUUAAAUGUGUACAAAAAGUUAAACGAUUAAAUGGAUUAACUAAUCAAGUCGAUAAAUAUACACGCCACUCACAGAACUAAACGAGAGCUAAAUAAUGAGAACUUCCAAAGAAGUAACGAGAUAACUGUCUGUUUUGUGUUGAUAUUCGUUUAUAUGUAUGUGUCUUCUAAGUGUUUAGCGAGGAGUAUAUUCCUAACCGAAAAAAAAAAACAAAACAAAAAAGUAAAAAAACAAAUGAGAAAAGAAAAACAUAAAAAAGAGUAUAUGUAUGUAUGUACGGUUGUCUACUUAACGAGCAAAAUUAAAUGAUACAGUUAUAAGUCGGUGUGAAUAUCCUUCCCCCCUUCCCAUGCCUCACACAGCACAGACACACAGACACACACAAACCCCUUCCCACUAAUUACCAUCUGAUGAAAACAACUUUAAAUACAAAUAACAAAUAACGCGCGUAUAUGCAUGAAUGUGUAUUCAUACAUAUGUACAUACAUAUAUGCAUGUAUGCGUGUGCUUCUUUGAGACUCCUUGUUUGAUGCCAUCUCUGUUCAAUUAUUGGUCGUUAGGCAACGGCAAACGAAUAAGUAGUUGAACGGUACUAUUAAUAUUCUGUUAAAUAUACAUAUGUACUUGCGUUAUUGGUUCCAUUCCCCCACUUUCCGUUUAAAACGAUAAGAGGAGAGAACGAAACAGCAACAACACAAGAGACUCGACAAACGAACUGGACGAAACGGACAAACAGCAAACAGCAAAAAAGCAAAAGCAAACAAUGUUAACAGCCAAAAACCAGAAAGAGAAAGAGAUAGAUAGAGAGAGAGAGAGAGGGAAACUUAUUGAGUUUUAUUUGCAAAAGAGUGAUUUUUUGUAGUGAAAAUAUUUUAUACACACGUUACGGAUGGAUUGUAUGGAUCGGAGGAGGGGAGAACAUAGCGAAAUGUUAAUUAUUACGUAUAUGUAUAUAUUUUUUAAGACAAAUUGUUCAGAUUUAUUAUACGAGUAAUAACAAAAAGUAAAACAAAACAACAACAAAACAACAAGAACAAAACCGAUGAAAAAUAAUGCGGCCAACAACAAUUUAGUGUUAAAAAAGCCAACAAACAAACGGCAGCUGAGGUGGCAGAAGGCUGCAGAAAGGAGAAGCACGAGAGGGAAGAGAAAACAAACCUUUACGGACAAAUUAAAACAAGUAAAACAAGUUAACAUUACAUUGUAUAAGUAGUUAGUAAUUUAAAACUAAACCCGAAAAAUAAGCUAAAAGUCACGAAAAAUUAUACUAAACCAACAAAAAAAAAAAAACAAACAAACAAAAACAAAACGGUUUAUGUAUACAAACGAUGUUUUUUUAUUAUUAUUAAUGUUGUUAAGUUACGAUAAAGAUAAAGAAUAAUGGUACGGCCGAAGCCAGAAUACACCCACAAUACAACACUCCCAGUCAUGCUCACCCACACCCAUACAUAAGAACACCCAAAAAACGAGUGCAUUUUGUUAGAUGUUAAACAUAAAAAAAAAUGGAAAUCGAAAUAAAUUUUUAAACGUCAGGUAUCUCUUCAAGCAUAACGAAUAACGAAGGAAAGAGAUAUAAAUCUAAAUCUAAAUGACAAAAUAAAGGAAAUAAGCGAAGAGAUCGCAUUUCAAGUUACUAAAAAAACACACACACACACAAUUUUUUAACCAAGCCAGAAGUGAACGAACAAAUAUUCACGUACAUAAACUAAGCAAAUUUUCAUUGCAAGCCAGCUGAAUGUGUGGAAUAUGCAAACAUUGUUGUGGUAGUUACCGAAGGCGAGGAAACAUACACGUAAAUUAAAAUAUAAACAAACCAACUUGCAAUAAAUGUGUAUACCUUA